AUGGCGGCGAGCCCGGCAUCGCUCCCAGCCCGCCUCGGCUUCCUGGGCUUGCCUGAAGAGAUCCAGAAGGAGAUAUUUUUCCACUGCUCCCAGUGCGAGCUGAUAUGCCUUUCUCUGGUCUGCAAGCGAUUCCACGAGCUGGCCGCCGCGCAGCUUUAUCGCAACUUCCACAUCGUGUUCCCCGAUGAGGAUGACCCGAGCUUCGACCUGCCAUUUGACGGCCUGGCCGGCGGCCUCGACACCUUUGUUACCAGCGAGUACAACUAUGCCAAGCAUCUUCGUGAUCUCUCCCUCGAUACUCUUAGCGCCGGCGACAAGGGUGAGACCGCCUACAAGCCCUAUCUCUUCAGCGUCAGCUGUGGCAAGUUUAUGAACACGCUGCUGCUCCUCACACUCCGCAAGGCGACGUCUCUGGAUACCUUCCGCUGGAACAUCCGUGUCGAGCUCAGCCGCCCUGUCUACAAGGCCCUGCACAACAUCCGAUCUCUCAAGAACCUACAGGUGCGCAUGCAGAGCGGUCCUUCUCUGUAUGAACCUCCGCCGCCGCUCCCUUACAACAGCAUCAGCUGCCCUUUUGGCGGGCCCGCAAGCCCCCCAAACGCUACACAGUGGUCCAACAUACCAUCCGCCCAGUCCACAGCGAGCAUUGGCAACGGAGCUGCCACCGCCCCCAUGAACUUCUAUAACGUGGCCGAUCCUUUCCAGCCAUCCCUCUUCAGCCCGCUGCCGUCGGGCCCGUUCGCUUCCACCAUUGGCCCAGGCCAGUUCACCACCUAUGCUCCUCCAUCUGCCGUCGCUGCACUCCCAUCGACUUUCAAGCCUCCAACCAAAGCAAGGAUUGCCAGAAAGCAGCGCGAAACACAGGAGCCACCGACGAUCGCAGGUUUCCGGGACUUGGAGAGCCUCGCCGUUUUGGACAUCGAGGAUCUUGACCUCAUUUCCGAGCUCGAGACAUGUGUUCGCAACUCAGCUUCCACGUUACGAAAGCUGAGGCUCUCGUUUUCGGAUUAUCUAGCAUCGCAGGCUAGGAAACCCAACGUCGAUGUAGAUCCUAAUGAGUCCGAUGACGACGAUGAGUUCCAGGUCGUGCCCAUGAACGCCAAUUACGACGACGGGACCGGUCCCGCAAAGGCUUUUCGAGCUCAGGAAGAACGCCGGGCCCAGGAGUCUGUUCUGGGCCGUAUCUUCGACGUUGAGCAUCAUUCCCUGCGAAAGGCUAUGCAGACUCAGAGUGAGAAACAACCCGAUCCUUCCGAGCAACCUCAGGGCGAUCGCAAAAAUAAGUUUCUUGUUGCAAUCCAGGAUGUUUCAAAACGCCUGGCUGAAAACACCCAACAGCUAUCUCUGGACGUACACUCCCAAAAGGAUAUCCUGGACAUGAUUGCACUGGCCGCAAACAUGUACAUCGCAGAUGUCGAACGAGAAACUGUACCGGAGACCUCCGCUGAUUCUGGGGUCGAAGCAGCAUCUGGGAAUCCAGUCACAAACACAGAAACAGGACUUCCAAUCUCAGAUUGUCAAGCCGCAGGUGAGACAGUUAGACUGCAUCAGGCCACCAAAAAAGGCGACGACGACACAGAGCCCGAAGAUAUUGACGUGGCAGCGCCAGAGGAGCAACUCGGUGACGAGCCUCAGGAAGAACUUAAAGAAGACGUGGCGCCCAAGAAUGAGCCCUUUCCUCCCAGCACUACAGUUCUCACCCCUAGUGCAACAAAUUCGACAGCAAACGGGAGCCCGUCUAAAGUACCCUCAGCAGUGCCUAGUGUAUCCGCUGCCAAGGAUAUAUCAGUUGAUGCCGACACCCUUGCGCACUUGAUUGACCCAAUUGAGAGGCGACCUGAAUCUACGAGUCACCGUAGGGAUAAAGUCUGGGAUGAAGCUAUUCAGCACGAGUUGAAUCUAGCGGAAGCUGAGCUUGAGGAAGCCGAAGCAAAUGCCAUCCAGCAAGCGCCGGUCGACAGUGGGGAAUUGCGACGUCUCGUGAGCGAGUAUGUAAGGAAAACAAGAGGAAUUCCUCUUGAGUCCCUAAGUCUCUACCUCAUCCCCGUAAAAGCUUCGGUUCUUGGUCGAGCCAUCGACCUCCGGACCUUGACUCGGGUCACGCUCCUGAAUGUUGGUAACCAAGCAACAAUCUGGACAUUGAUGGCCAAGGAGAACAAGAUUUCCCCGCUUCCGCUACGUGAAAUCUUCACUGACAACGUGUCCCUGCCAUUUCUGCAUCUGGUCUCACAGUUGGAUACCGUCGAGGAGCUUUUUAUGCUUGAGCGUGGCCCCAAGUACAAGCCCGAAAGCUUUGCCCCAAAGACUAAGGUUACAUUGGAACAAAUUCGCCGUGCUAUACUGAAGAAACAUAUGCCAACGAUUAAGCGCUUAAUCAUCAAGAAUGAGGCUGAUGGCUCUUGGGAUAUGGAUGAGAAGACUAUGCAGUUGAUCUGCAGACGAGGAAAGCUUCUGGAGGAGCUAGCUGUGGUCAUGGGCAUCCGCGCUGUUCAUGCCUUCCUACAGUACUUAUCCGGGCUCGUGAAACUACGAGCGCUGCACAUAGUGUCAUUCAGGAACGACGACACCUGUCUGUCUGUCAUGCGCGAGAUCCGCCGAUUCAUUGCCGAUACAGUCUCACACUACCCCGAACUCCAACUCGAGUGGAUUGCGAUGGGCGAUGAUAACCGUGCAGAACGCAUCAUCCGCAAAUCAGACGCUCCGAAGCUGCCCAAGAGGGAAAAGGGAAAGGGCAAGGGGGUUGCUCCAGAACCGAGCAUACUAGACCCUUUUCCCAUAUUGCCCUCUGAUGGUUGGGACGGCAGCUCGAGCGAGGACGGUGACGCAACUGAUGAUGACUUCGAGACGCCAUACCUCAAACUCAACCUCAUUGAAAGGAUAUGCUUCUACGAUAUUUGGGGUGUACGCAUCUUUGAAAAAGAGAUCGUUGCUGCCCGCCUAUAG